GUUAUCAUGUCUGGGCUAUUAUCUUGCAGUCUAACAAACGCCUCUGUGCUUUGCAGCGGGAAACUGAUCCCAUAUCACUCCCAAGCAUCCCAGCCAGUCUUUGGAACCCUCCACAACUGCUCAGAGCCUUGCAAUGGAGCAUUCUUCAGCCAAGAGCAAGUGGACAUACUCCAUUACAGCAACCUAGUUCUAUCUUGUCUCAGCAUCAUCACUGGAUGCAUAAUCCUAUUCCUCUACUUAAUAAACUAUUGCAAAAUAAAGCACCCAGAGGCUCCCAUAUACUACAUAGCAGGACUCCAGCUAGUAAUAUCAACAAUGCAGCUAAUAUCAGGUCUAUAUGGAACCUUCAAUUCAAUGUCCAGCACUAAUAGUAGCAGUGAUAGUGAGGGAUUGCAUUGUGAUGAUAGAUACAAGAAUCACUUCAAUGAAUCCAUACUGCUGCAAGAUGGAGGAGACAAUCCAUUCUGUCUAACAAUAUUUGCAAUACUCUAUUAUUCAUUUCUCUCGAUACUCUCAUGGUGGACUGUGAUAACAAUCGAGUGGUUGGUGACAUCAAUAAAAAGAAAGAUAACAAAAAAGAAAUACUUAUACAUCAUCAGUCACAUAGCAGGUUGGAGCAUACCAAUACCAUUCCUGUUCACUGCAGCAUAUCUAAAUGCAGUAUCAGGCAGCACCACUGAAAUGACAUGCUGGAUUAGUAGAAGGAAUGAGAGUCUAUAUCAGCUAGCUUUCAUCAUAACGCCACUUAGUGUAUCACUGACUUUUAAUAGCAUGCUACUACUAUUAGGAUUCUGGAUUAAUUGCAAGAAAGGGAGACAUCGUAACAGCCUAUAUCUCUCUUCAAGGAAUGAAGAAGUCACCAUACCUCAGCUAGCAAGGGUCAGUAUAUACAGUGUCCUACAGUUGGUGGUAAUGGGCCUACUGCUUAUGUGCUACCUGCAUCAAUACUGGUAUCAAAGAGAUGCUGAAAUUAACUAUCUUCAAUUCAUAGUGCAUAAGCAUGUAUCAUCAUGUUACCCUCAUGCAACUGAUAAUCAUUUUAUGUUUUUUAUGACGGCUAUACUACGAGUGAUUUGCUUCCAGAUUAUGGGUGUGGUUCUGUUACUAUGGAUACUGAGAAGGGAGCUCUUGUGUAGGUAUAGGUGCAAAUAUACUAACAACAACAACAACAACAACAACAAUAGCAAUAAUAAUAAUAAUAAUAAUAAUAAUAAUAAUAAUAAUAAUAAUAAUAAUAACUUAAAUAAUUUAAAUGUAAGUAGAUCAUCGGCUGGUGAGCAAUCAUUGUCACUUCUUACAAAUAUAACUCCACAGAAAAGUUGAUUAGUAUAAUAUUUAUAUUUUUUAUUUCAUGGGUAUUUUACAAUGCAAUAUUAGUUUGUUGAUAUCACUUUACUUAUUAAAACAAUUCUAUUAAAGUCA